UUGUCAUUUCAUUUAAGCAAUUAAGCCUCUUUUCCUCCAUUUGAUAAAGCUUAUAGUGAAGUAAAAUGGCUUCGAAAUGCAUGCAUUUGCUACUCACGAUAACCAUAAUUGUUACACUAUUCGCAUCCGUAUCAAGCAACCCGAAUUUCCAAAAUGGACCACAAAAUUGGAAAUUUGAGUUCAACUACACCAAUGGUCCAUUUAGACGCCCGAAACCUGUACAGAAUUCUAGACGAAUCAUUGUUGGUGGAUCUGAUAACUGGCGUUUUGGUUUCAAUUAUACUGAAUGGGCUAGGACAAAUGCUCCAUUCUUUUUCAGUGACACUCUAGUGUUCAAAUUCGAUCCACCUAGCGAUACCAAUAUACAUCCACAUAGUGUUUAUUUGUUUCCAAGUCUUUGGAGCUUUCUGAGGUGCGACUUAAGAUGGGCGAAACGUGUGGCAAACACAUCACAAGGAGAAGGAGAAGGGUUUGAAUUUGUGCUCAACAAAUGGAAGCCGUAUUACUUUGCUUGUGGAGAAAGUAAUGGUUUUCACUGCCAAUCUGGAAUGAAGUUUUUUGUGAUGCCAGCGUUUCGUUGGUACUAACUAAAUUUCUUAAUGUUACUUUGAAUAAUAUUAUUCCAUUAAGGAAGAUUCAGUUGUCUUGUUUUUGUUUUGGAUUGAAAAUUUAAUAAAAUAAGAAAAUAAACAUAUGUCAUUAUAUACUUGCCUACAAUUUGUGUUUGUUACCUUAAGGUAUAGUUUACGCACAAGGCAAGAUAUGUUCUCGACUUCACCUAUCUCGUCUAU